UCAUUUCGAAAACUUGCCUGGUGAGUGACGCGUUGGAGGAGAGAGAAAAGGCAGCGGACAAGAAACAAUGGCGACAGCGGCAACUGCAGCGGGUGGAACGGGCUCUGGAGGACCAGUAGCUGGCCCGGCGGGUGGCGGUACCACAGUUGGUCGAAAGAAAGAUGGAGGGCCAUCCUCGAAGUAUUGGGAGAGUGCAGAAACAAUAUCGCAGUUCGAGACGGUGCGUUUAUGGAUCGGGAAGCACUACAAAAAGUAUGUACAGGCAGACUCUCCCUCUAGCAAGUCCCUGGCUGGGCUUGUGGUGCAGCUGCUUCAAUUCCAGGAAGAUGCUUUUGGGAGGAGGGUCAACAACCCAGCUCUGACCAAGUUACCUGCCAAAAGCUUCCUGGACUUCAAGGCAGGUGGUGCUCUGUGUCACAUCCUGGGCUCUGCCUACAAAUUCAAGAGCGAACAAGGCUGUGCCUCCUCUGUUUCCAGGCGUAGGUUUGACCUGCAGAACCCCUCUCGGAUGGACAGAAACGUGGAGAUGUUCUUGAAUGUGGAGAAGACCCUUGUUCAGAAUAACUGCCUGACUCGUCCAAUCGUGUUCCUGGCAGCUGACAUGGAGCAGAAGCAGGCGAAUAAGCUGAAAGACAUCAUCAAGCGACACCAGGGCUCCAUUACUGAAGAUAAAUCGAAGGCCACCCACCAUAUAUACCCCUCUCCUACUCAACAAGACGAUGAGGAGUGGCUCCGCCCCGUCAUGAGGAAGGACAAGCAGGUGCUGGUGCACUGGGGCAUGUUCCCAGACAGCUAUGACACCUGGGUGGCCACCAGCGAUGUGGACGGCGAAGUGGAAGAUCCACCCAGCUCCGAGAAGCCUUGGAAAGUGCAUGCCAAAUGGGUCCUGGACACUGAUGCCUUCAACGAGUGGAUGAACGAGGAGGACUAUGAGGUGGACGACAACAAGAAGCCUGUGAAUUUCCGACAGAGGAUCUUCCCACGGGAAGAGGAGUCUUCCCGUACACCCGAUCGUAAGGAGCGCAAGGCCAACGCCGCUGGCAAGAAGAGGAGGCGCUCCCCCUCCCCUCCCAGCACCCCCGCAGAGUCUCGCAAGAAGGGUGGCAAGAAGGGGAACCCCGGGCCCCACUGGAAGCGUCGCGGCCAUCGCGAAGAGGAGGACAUGGAGGAGGACUUGACCAAAGACUUGGAGGACCCCUCGCCUGUACCCGGCAUGGAGGAAGUUACCCUUCCCAAGAACGUGAAUCCUAAGAAGGACAGUGAGAACACACCGGUCAAGGGAGGAGCUGUAGCAGAUUUGGAUGAAUUGGACGAUGACACUGUGAUGUCUGGUGGCAAGGAUGAUGAGGAGCAGAGCAAGUCUGAGAUCAACCGGCUCAUUGACUCCAGCGAAGACAACGUGACAGAGCAGACUCACCACAUCAUCAUCCCUAGCUACGCUGCCUGGUUUGACUACAACUGCAUCCAUGAGAUCGAGAGGCGUGCCCUACCGGAGUUCUUCAAUGGAAAGAACAAGUCCAAGUCUCCAGAGAUAUACCUGGCCUACCGUAACUUCAUGAUCGAUACGUACCGCCUGAACCCCCAAGAAUACCUCACCUCCACCUCCUGCCGCAGAAAUCUCACCGGAGACGUGUGUGCCGUCAUGAGGGUCCACGCCUUCCUGGAGCAGUGGGGGCUGGUUAACUACCAGGUGGAUGCAGAGAGCCGACCCCUCCCCAUGGGCCCCCCACCCACCCCUCAUUUCAACGUGCUGGCCGACACCCCCUCUGGUCUCAUGCCACUGCACCACCGCCCGCCACAGAUCCCCUCAUCCCAGCAAAUGCUCAACUUCCCAGAGAAGGGAAAAGACAAGCCCACCGACCUGCAGAACUUUGGCCUGCGCACAGAUCUCUAUUCUAAGAAAAACCCAAAGAGUAAAGGGACAAGUGGAGGCAGGGAAUGGACUGAACAGGAGACUCUACUGCUGUUGGAGGCUCUGGAGAUGUACAAAGACGACUGGAACAAGGUUUCGGAGCACGUGGGCUCUCGCACCCAGGACGAGUGCAUCCUCCACUUCCUGCGCCUGCCCAUCGAGGACCCCUACCUGGAGAACUCGGAGGCCUCGCUGGGCCCUCUUGCCUACCAGCCCGUGCCCUUCAGCCAGUCGGGCAACCCUGUGAUGAGCACGGUGGCCUUCCUUGCAUCCGUGGUGGACCCGCGUGUGGCAUCCGCUGCAGCUAGGGCAGCCCUGGAGGAGUUCUCCCGUGUGCGUGAAGAGGUGCCGGCAGAGCUGGUGGAGGCCCAUGUGAAGAAGGUGCAGGAGGCGGCCCGCAGCACCGGCAAGGUGGACCCCGCCUACGGCCUGGAGAGCAGCGGCAUCGCUGGCACCGCCCCCGAAGAGCCUGAGAAGACCGAGGCCCCAGAAGCAGAGAAGACGGAUACAGACUCUGACUCCCAGCAGCCAGACAAGGCAGAGUCCAAGGACGAGGCAGAGAAGCCCAGCGAGUCUGCAGAGAAGCCAGCGGAAGGAGAGAAGGUCAAGAGCGAGACCGUCGAGCCCUCUGAGAAAGAAGGAGAGAGCGACGGAGCAGAGGACAAGACAGCAGCAGCAGCAGUCACAGACAAAGACAAGGAGGAGGCCAUGGAGACGUCGGAGGAAGACAAGGAGAAGGAGGAGCAGGAAGGCACCACCGAGGAGGAGGACGACGAAAAGAGGAAGAAGCUGGAGCCAGAUGGGGGGGAAGGGAACAUCGCCACGGCAGCCGCCGCCGCCCUGGCUUCUGCCGCCACCAAGGCAAAGCAUCUUGCAGCGGUGGAGGAGAGGAAAAUCAAGUCCCUGGUGGCCCUGCUGGUGGAGACGCAGAUGAAGAAGCUUGAGAUCAAGCUCAGGCACUUUGAGGAGUUGGAGACCAUCAUGGACCGUGAGAAAGAGGCACUGGAGCUGCAGAGGCAGCAGCUGCUGACAGAGCGACAGGCCUUCCACAUGGAGCAGCUCAAGUACGCUGAGAUGAAGGCCCGCCAGCAGAUGGAGCAACAGCAGCAGCAGCAGCAGGGCAGCGCCACAGCCGGCCCUGGCCCUCACCAUGGCCCGCCCCCAGGCAUGCACCACGGAGGGCCCCCCGGACCCCCCCACCACGGCCCCCCGCCCGUCAUGCACCCCGGACACCCCCCCGGCCCUGGCUUCGUCCCAAUGCACCACCCCAUGGGCCCCCACCACCCGACUCAGACAGGACCAAUGGUAGGUCCUGGCCAGUCCAUGCCCGGACGUAUGAUGACAGGCCCGCCCCCUAGUGGCCCCCCUCCUGGCAGCAUGCCCACCAUGAUGGGCCCCCGCCACCCAGGAGCCCCAAACGGCAUGUACCCUGGCCCACCACCCUCACAGCCUGAUGGGAUAGCACCGGUGCCUGUGGGUCCACCAACAGCUGCCCCUGGACGAGUGUCAGAAAACUGAGGCGCACACACACACACACACACUUAAAAUUCUCUUCCCCCAUUGAUGGCCUUUUCUAUUGUCUGGCUGUUCUCUCAACACCUCCCCCCCCCCAAAACCACACACGCGCGCGCACACACACUCAGGGCUCAAUGCAAGGGUGUCCCAAACUUUCACGCAAGAAAACUCACCAUAUUCUUUUUUUACGAACACACACAAACACACACACUCAGGGCACAGCGGCGAGGGGGCUGUGUGACUCUGGUUCCCCUUGUCUAGUACAAACACUGUUUUUUUUUCUUCUUUCGGGGCAGGUCUGGGUUUGGAGCCCAUCUUUUACAUCAGGCUCCUACUGCUCAUGUACUUGAGCAUAUAUAGCAUUCUUCUCAGUUUAAAAUAAUUGGGAAGCCAUUCAAGGGAGGGAUUAGGAACCUCUCUCUUUCUUACUGCUCCCCCUCUCUCUAUUAUAUCUCUUUAGAAUUACACUGUAGCCUUUUCUUUCUCAGUAGUGCACACACACACACACAAACAUGUUUCUCUCUGGUGCCCCUCUGCCUUUCCCCUAAUGGAACACCAGGGGGAGCGAAUUCGAUUUGAGGGCUAAUUAGCAUUUCAGGGACGUGCAUGUUUGGCAACUGCAUGGAGCUAGCGCUUUUACACAUGCGCACAGAGGGGAUCCAACUACUCUCACACACACCACUUUUCUCACUGAGAAUCUACCUCUCCACUUUGCCCCUGUACUAUACACUGUAGGGAUGUGUUUGUGUGUGUGUGUGUAUGUUGGGAGUGUCUACUUACUUGCUUACGACAGACAGGGAAGUUUGAUGACUGUUCGCCCUGCUGCCCAGCCCCUUUGCCCCUAAAAUCACUUGGGUCAGGCCACCAAUCAAUUGGGGGGCACCCAGAAACCUAUAACUCAAACUGCCAGCCAGGCAUAACGCGUACACACUUGAACACACACGCAAACACACACACAAACUCCUAGCCGUUGAACUUCACUGGAGGCUGCUUACACAAAAAUAAACUUUGCUGGACGCUCCUCCGAUGCACUGGAGACUACACACCUACAGAGAUCUCCCACUGACCUUCAUGCAGCCUUUUAGAGAGCUAGACUUGUGGUGAUAAAUGAGAAACUGUGCUCUUUCUUGGUGGAGUGGGCUUCUAGCUGUUUUAGGUGCUGGUAACGUAGUCCCCCUUCCCCUGCCUAGUGCUACCUCGCAUCACCUCUAAACCCCCCCCCACCACCACCACCUCCUCCUCCACUACACUCCCCCCCCCCCCCCCACCUAUAUCCGCUAGUACUGUUAGUAUCGCUCUUCUCUGCUACCUCUUUGUAUCUCCUCUUUGUUCGUCUGCUGGGUAUCUCUCCUAGAUACCUACUUCGCAAAGCACCCUUUCGCUACCUCUAGUAUGCCUCUUCCUUUUUUUUUCUUCCUUGCCCACACGACUGCUGCAUCACUAUCGUCCCUCUCAUCCCCAUUCCUUCGGGUAGAACAUCAGCUCUUUCAGAAGUAUAAUACACAUGCCCACCACCCCUCAUUCACAUUCACACACUUCCUCACACUAUCUUUCCAGGCUGUUAUAUCACACCACCAAUGAUGGGACCCCCCUCCCCUUCUUUCCUUUCCCCUUACAUAUAUCUUUUAUGGCUACUUUUUUGUGUUACGGUAAUGUAUUUUUAAGAAUAAACUUUGUGUAGAUCGAGUUAUCUUUGUUCUUGGAAGUUUGUAGCAUUGUAUUUUGUUUAUUUUUAUUUUGAUCAGGUCUGUUGGUACUUAGACCUGAACAAUGUCUAAUAAACUGUUUUUUUUUUGUAUGAAGAA